AUGUCUGACAAUUCUUCUGUAGGAAUAGUAACACAUUUUAUGAUUGUAAAGCCAAUUAAAUGGCAAGAUCUUCAACCGAUUUUUGAAAAAGAGGCUGCUACUAAGCUAAACAACUACAAAGCUUUAAAGAACAAAUACGACGGAAUGCGAAAAGACUAUAAUCUGUUGAAGUCCUUAAAAAACGGGGAAACGGGUUUAGGUUGGAACGAAAGUACAGGGCAACUAGAUUGUUCUGAUGAAUGGUGGGAUCGAAAAAUUAAGGAAAACCCAUAUGUUAAAGCCAUUCGAAAAAAACAACCUUCUUUAGAACUACAACUUGCAUGGGAGCAAAUAUUCGGGGAUGCAGUUGCCAGUGGUAUAAACUGUGUGGCACCGUCCAUGGAUCAUACUACUUUAAAUGACAUACUUAUUGUUAAUAUUAAUGAUGAAAAUCCGGCGACGGGUGAUAAUGUUGAAACGGGUGAUGAUACUUUCUUCGCUUCACAAUACCCUCAACACUCUUCUCAUUUGGACUUAGGAAAUGAAGAUGGUGGCUACUAUUCAGAUUUGAUGCAUUAUGCAAGAGAUGUCUUCUCACCGAACAAUACGGGGGUCUAA